GCCGCCCAUGGGCGCGGGCGGGCGGCGCUGGGCGCACCCCUCCCCGCGGUGAGGGCGGGCCGGCACCCGGAAGAGGAGCUGCUGCCGCCCGCCUGACUUCCCCAGCUGGUGGGCAGGGAGGGAAGCAGCGAGGCGGGCGCCAUGCUGCAGUUCUUGCUUGGUUUUACUCUUGGCAAUGUGGUUGGGAUGUAUCUGGCUCAGAACUAUGAUAUUCCUAACAUUGCAAAGAAGCUUGAAGAUUUCAAGAAGGAUGUGGAAGCUAAGAAGAAACCUCCCAGCGACAAGUCCUAAGAGAGCAGUGUUACCCAGGUCAUCUCUGUGUGUGCAUCAAGAAUGCAAUUUACCUUUCAGGCAACAAAGAUCAAGUAGAGGGUUGGCAUGGGAGGUUCCACCACUUUUAGUCUCCUAGAACUGGAAAGUCCUUCUUUGGAAAGAGCAGCCGUGAACUUUUCCUGGGACUGAUUUUCAAGGGUUUCAGAAUUUGGAUUUGCAGCUGAUAUGCGACUGGAUAAGAUCACUUGUAAUUUUUGUUAUUGCUUUUCCUAAUAUUUUGUAACCCAUUUUUACCUGACCAAACUGGAGUCCUCUUAGUCCUGUUACUAUGUAUACCUCACACUUCGUAAAACCCUAGGUCUUAGAACAUCGCAGAAGAAAUUAAAUGCAUAGAAAAGUAA